AUGAAAGACCCGAGUCGCAGCAGUACCAGCCCAAGCAUCAUCAGUGAAGAUGUGAUUAUAAAUGGUCAUUCUCAUGAAGAUGACAAUCCCUUUGCGGAGUACAUGUGGAUGGAGAACGAAGAGGAAUUCAACAGGCAGAUCGAAGAGGAGUUGUGGGAAGAAGAAUUUAUUGAGCGCUGUUUCCAGGAGAUGCUGGAAGAAGAGGAGGAGCACGAAUGGUUUAUUCCAGCCCGUGAUCUCCCACAAACAAUGGAUCAAAUCCAGGACCAGUUCAAUGACCUUGUUAUCAGUGACAGCUCAUCACUGGAGGAUCUGGUG